ACACACACACAGAGAGAGAGACACACAGAGAGAGAGACACACACAGAUAGACACAGAGAGACACACACACACAGAGACACACACACAGACACACACAGAGAAUAGUGCUUAAUGAAAAGAUAUUGAGCACUUUCUGAGGUAAAGGUUAGAGGCUGAAAUCAUUCCAUAACUGGGAACACUGCUGGGACGUGGCUGUCAGAUAAUGACUUGGGACCGGCUGCUACGUUUCGGCUCUGGGGUACAGCACCUGCUGAGGGCUGAUCUUCAAGGCCAAAGACCAUGGCAAUGUCCAAUGAGAAAGGCGCUACCUGCUUUAGCUUUACAAAGAUGGCAACACAGCGUUCCAGAAACUCUGGGCUGUUCUUGGUGGUUGCACAAUGAUCAUUUGGAGCUGAAGUAUUCAGACUUGGUGAUGCGAUUAGAUUACGUUUGGCUACGUGAUCAUUGUCGAUCUCCAUCGUGCUACAAUACAAAGACAAAUCAGCGGAGCUUGGAUACGGCCCAAGUGGAUUUAACAAUCAAACCAUCAGAGAUCCGUUCAGAUAAAGACACGAUCUACAUCACUUGGCCGGAUAAACACAUGACCAAGUAUGGAUUGUCAUGGUUGGCAAAACACUCUUUUGAAGGCCAGAAGGAUUAUGUUCAACCUAGUGUUCUCUGGAACGCUGCCAUCUAUAAAGAUGCCCAAAUGCCAUACGUCACUUACAAUGGCCUGAUGGACUCUGUUGAUGAAUUUAAAAAAUUCUUAGAAGCUUUCCUAUUGUACGGAUUCUCUGUUGUUGACGAAGUCCCUGCGAGUAUUGAAGCGACUGAGGCAGUAGCUCUACGUAUUGGCAUAAUAAGAGAGUCUAUUUAUGGUCGAAUGUGGGAUUUCACGUCAGACUUCUCUCGUGGUGACACUGCUUACACCAAAGUGGCACUGGAUCGGCACGUCGACACCACGUAUUUCCAGGAACCUUGUGGAGUUCAGCUAUUCCAUUGUCUGAGGCAUGACGGGACAGGUGGAAGAACGUUGUUGGUGGAUGGAUUUAAUGCUGCAGAAAACAUACGAAAAGAGAAUCCAGAUCAUUUUGACGUACUUACCAAAGUCCCAAUAAAACACGAAUAUAUAGAGAAUGUUGCAGACUACCACAAUCAUAUGAUUGGUGUUGGACCUGUCCUUAAUAUUUAUCCAUGGAAUAAUGAAUUGUACAUGAUAAGGUAUAACAACUAUGACCGAGCUGUUAUAAACACAGUACCUUAUGAUGUAGUCCACCAAUGGUAUGUUGCACAUCGUGCCCUUACAACAGAACUCAGAAAGCCUGAGAAUGAAAUAUGGGUGAAGCUCAAGCCUGGAAAGAUUUUAUUUGUGGAUAACUGGAGAGUAUUACAUGGUCGAGAAGCAUUUACUGGUUACCGUCGACUGUGUGGCUGUUAUCUCACCAGGGAUGACGUGCUCAACACAGCAAGAUUUCUUGGUAUUAAGGUAUGAAAAGUACCAAGUGGCUGAACUUUGACGAUGGACUAUCUGUGGGAGAUGUCUGCCAUUUCUCCAAACUCUAGAUUUAAUGCUUGAUCUUUGACUGGUGAUUUGACAUCAAUGAAUGUCAUAUUUUAAAGACUUUUAAGAUCAUACAACGCAAUAUUUUUCAAAACAAUCAAGUUUAUGAUUGCAUCACAAUCGCUUUCUUUGCUCAAAAAUAACCUUGUGUCCAUGAACUAAUUUCAAAAAUGUCUAGAAUAUGUUUGCGAUUCCCCACAGUUGUUUCCCUUUAUUUCUCUCUGAUCUUAAGCUCUUAGUCAAUAACAUUUGAGGACAUGAAAACUGGCUAAUGGGCUGAAAACCCAGCAUUAUUAGCAUUGCACUUCCCAACUUAGCACAGGGGGUUUGUUGCCAUCUCUGCACUGGGUUUAAUGGUACAUUUUGGACACAUCGUUUCAGAAGGAUUUCUAUCCUCCAGCUUUCAACAACCAUCCACCUCUCUUUUCACGGUGUCUCCUGAAGAAGGCAAAACCAAGCGCACAGAAACUAACGGGAAUUAUUUGCACCAAGUUUUGUCAGCCGUAUGGAUCACUGCACAGACACGUUUCGGUCCUGUCUCAAAUGAUGUUUUAGUUCACGUGGGAAAAGCUGAGUUAUUCCUGCUCACCAUGUGUGUGCCAGGGAUUCAACAAGUCUAUGCACAUUGUGUAAUCUGUCAUCAGAUUAGAAGUUUUAUGUUUAUCACAUUCUUUUAACCUGCAGAGUUUAUAUCGAUAAUUAUGUACUUUCCUAAUGAAUGUUUUUAGAAACUAAAGUCCAAUUGUGCUGCUGGUAAUCAGAUCUAAAAUCAUUGUAACACGUAUUUAACCUCAAAUAAACUAGCUUUGCUGAAGACUGAA